AUGCCACAUACUGUGCUUGGCAUUUCUUGUAAGCUGGUCAUGACUAAAUAUGUUGGUACCAUCUUUUACUCUCCUGUUUGUUUAAUGCAAUAUUUGUUUCAUCAAUCAAGUGCUGCAAAAUCUUAUGGUGCACCUCAUAUGCAGUUGAAUGCCACGUAUACAGGGUUGAAGAGGGUACUUGUUGCUGCUGGUGUUGCAUUAAAGAUUACUGGUGCACAGAGAGUGUUCUUUUCCCAUCCUCACAGUAUAGGUCUCUUAGCAAAUGGAAGCUUGGUGGCUACUAACAAGGACCUAAGUCAAAUAUUGCCCCUCAGCCACUCAACCUGUGCUCCGUUACUUCACAUGCGUGUUGCUGGAUCAUCGGUUACAAUAGUUGCACAUGAAACCAAUGUCUCUGGGGGGCACAUGAAGCCCUUGUUGACUUCUGAUGACGCCAUCGAGCUACUAUCAGACCAGUCUGAAGUGAACGACAUGUCAGACCGGUUGAUCUCAGCAUGUGCGUUCUGCUCAAUUAGUCCAAGGCUGCCGAGGCUUGAAAAACUCCUCAAGACUUGGUUCAGCGAGAGGAAUGGGUUCAACAGAACAAUGAACUUCUUCGAAGCUAGAGUGACGUCAAUGACCCUGGUAAAAUUCCGUUUGGAGCUCGAGAGGGACAUUACUGAAGAGGACGACAUCUGGGACGAUGUUCCAGAGUGGAAAACCUUGCCUGUGGUCCAGCGAAUCACACUUGACGUCAUCGCUAGGGUGGAGGAAGAGGGAAGGCUCAAGGCUAUAUCGGUGAAGAAGGUGAGGAAAUCUUUACACAUAGCGGACGCUACUUCGUGGAGCAGCCUGACUUCGAACGUCUCCUUCGCAGACUUCACGUCGUUGGUCCUGCCGCCUGAUCCGUUGUCACUGGAUGUAAAGUGGUAA